AUGGCUUACAAUAAAAUGCCCUUUGGACUGUCCAAUGCAGGGGCAACGUUCCAGAAGGUAUUUGAGAGAUGCAGGGAGUACAGUGUUUCAUUGAAUCCCAAAAAGACCAUAUUUACUAUCCAUGAAGGAAAAUUAUUGGGAUAUAUUGUUUCAAAACAUGGUAUUAGCAUUGAGCCAGAAAGGAUAACAGUCAUACUUGCUUUACCCUUACCUGCACACAAGAAGGGACUUCGGACCUUCAUAGGUAGGAUUAACUUCACCAGAAGGUUUAUUCCUAAUAUUGCAGCAUUAAUGCAGCCACUUAUAGCCAUGCUUAAGAAGAAUAUUCUUUUUCAGUGGACUAAGGAAGUGAAAGACUUCUUUCUCAGCAAAGACAUAAAUGAUAAAAGAGAAGGUUGGAUCAUCAAAGCAAUGGAGUAUGACAUCUCCAUUAAGGUAACAAAGUUGGUUAGAGGCAAGGAUUUGUGCGAACAGCUUGUUGGAAAUGCAAAAGACAGCAAGGAAGAGGAACAACAAGUUGAAAUAGUGCUAAAUAAUGAUGAAGAACCCGCUAUCCCAGCUAUACUAGCAACUUGGAAUCAACAGAUUGUUGAUUAUCAGCAAAUUGGUGACUGUCUGGAAGGUUUAAACAAAUCAAAGAGAAGGAAUAGGUUUUCAUUUCAGAACUAUCAGGUAUGUGGGUUAAAAUGGGCUCCCACAAGGAUUGAGCUCAGCAUACCAAUUAUCACUCAUAGGGUGACACUAAUCAACUGCCAGACAUCGGGUACAAUCACAUCCACAGUCCCAUAUAUUGUCACUCAAUGA